CGAACACUGUAAAAAGAGGAAGCACAAAUUGAAAACACACUUGAACUUUUAUUAGCAGGCUAGAGCUGGCUUACUGUACCAGAUAUAUGUGUGUGUAUAUAUAUAGUUGUUUACCUUUAUAGUGACAAUGCAGAGGGAAGUAGGCACAGUUUCAGCGGUUCAAGCUCUAGGGUAUCCGGGCGGCUCGUGCCUCACACGGUGUAAAUGUGACGAACUUCCCUGUCCGCUGCUCACGUGGCUGACCGCAGAGCUCAGGGUGGUCUGUCCGGAGCUACGAGACUCAAACAGCACCGGUGAUGUCUUGUUGGUGGGAGAGCUGAGAAGUUUACUGUCAAACAUGUCCUCUCCCCUCACUGUGCUGACCUCAGAGGUGCUGGAGCCGUCCACCCUCAACAAAGUCACUGAGUUCCUCGUAUCAGAAUUGGAAGCAGCUCGCAUAAUCAGGCAUAAAGAACUGCAUCCUGAGGAGAAGACGGCAGAAGAGGAGUCUGAAAAAGAGCAGCGAGUUGAAGCUCACAGCCAGGAACUCGCUGAGGAAUAUGAAGAUGAGGUUGCUGACAAAGACAGAAGGAAGGCGGAGAUGCAGGCAGAAUGGAUAUUACUGCUGCACGCUCUUGACAUGGACGCCUCCUCUCAGUUUAAAGACGUGCUGAGUGAGGUGGAGACCAGGCUUGCCCGUCUACCGAACGGAGACAUGACAAACCCGCUUCUUAACAGCAGCCUCAACAGAGAGCAGUGGACACAAGUUAAAAAGAUCAAUCAAGUGCUGUCAGAAGACUAUCAGUGUCGGCGACAAAUGAUGAUCAAACGCUUUCAGGUUACACUGGACGCAUUCGCUUGGGGAGAAAAACAAAAGGAGCGCAGUAAGGCGCUGGCCGCAGUGCCUCCUCUUUCAUCCCUUUUCGGCUCCUCCCGAGUCUCCCUGUCUCUUCUGAUUGCUGCCAGAGAGGAUCAGUCCUUCAUUGAGCCAAUCAAGGCUGGAACAAGCACCUCCGUCUACAAGACGUUGAUGGGCAGCGUUCCCGACAGAGGAGGACGGCCGGGGGAAAUUGAGCCACCAAUGCCACUGUGGGAAGAUCGAAGAGCGAAAGGAAACCGAUCAGGACGAGGAGGUGGACACCAACAACGGCGUAAAUUCUCAGAUAAAAAGAAGAAAGGGAAAAGAGAAUAAUGUGUCUUUCACUUUGGCUUUACUGUUUAAUUUGAGAAAUAAGGGAUGAUUUUUCUUUAUUCAAAUCCUUAUGAAAUAAAUAAUGGCUGUGGAAUUAUAUGAUUUAUGAUAUAAUUUAUAUUUUUAUGAUAUGAAUGUGUGUAUAAUUCUUAGUUAUAGUACACAGAUAUACCUGACUGUGUAGAUUUCUUUAAAAAAAAAGGCUUGCUAUUGCUAUAAUGUACUGGUAUAUGACCAGAUAUUUUUGUUAAUAUGAAAGAACAGAACUGAAAAAUAACACUUAAUUUUGUAUGUCUUGGCUUUGCACAUUCAUAUAUAGGUUUGUUUACUCAAAUUAAACCUAUUAAACCGAA